AUGGAUGCGAAGCCACGUGAACUCUAUCUAUUAUUCCGAGCAUAUGAAGGAUACGAGGGUUCACUCUUAAAGGUUACCAGCAAAAAUGGAAAAACAGCAUCUCCGGUUGGUUUCGUCACAUUUCACACUCGAGCUGGAGCUGAAGCCGCUAAACAAGACCUUCAGCAGGGCGUCCGGUUCGACCCCGACAUGCCGCAAACGAUUCGGCUGGAGUUCGCUAAAAGCAACACGAAGGUCAGCAAGCCGAAGCCGGCAGUUGCCACAGCCGCGCCAGCUGCACACCCCGCAUUGAUGCACCCACUCACUGGACACUUAGCCAGUCCCUUCUUCCCUGGAGGUGGCGCUGAGUUGUGGCAUCACCCAUUAGCAUACGGAGGGGAGCCACACCACACUCCGUUGACGCUAGGCGCGUGCGUGCUACCGGCGCCCGCGCUGGGUUCGCCGGGCGCGGCGGUGCCGGGACAUGGCGCACCGCCCACCCACCCCGCGCACCCGGCGCACCCCGCACACCCCGCACCCCCCUGCUCUACCCUCUUCGUAGCGAACCUGGGACAAUUCGUCUCAGAACACGAACUCAAAGAGAUAUUCAGCAGCUGCCCGGGUUUCUCGAGACUGCGGCUUCUGACGGGCGGUAGCGGGUCGGGGCCGGUCGCGUUCGUCGACUUCGUAUCUCCGGGGGAUGCUGCUACGGCCAUGGCUCGCUUACAAGGCGCUCUCCUUCUCAGCUCAGAGGGUGCCAUCCACCUCGAAUACGCGAGGCAUAAGUUGGCACACAACGGCUGGAUACUGGCACAUGAAGGAGCCAAAGGCGGAGAAGAGGGCGAACAGCAU